GGUAUUACAGGUGAAAAUAUGUUUUAUUUAAAAAAUAAGGAAGAUGAUAGACUUUCUCUCACCGGGCAAUUAACACCACGUAGUACAUGUUGAGGAAGUGGGUGUUCCUUGCUUUCUAUUGUUAAUCUGAUGAUAGUGAGGGUGGAGAGCACUUUGAAAAAAUAUUUGUAUAAGGAGGAGAGAGAGAAGUGAGCUGAAUAAGAAAGUCUUUUGCGUACCCCAAAUUAAGGUCAUUCUUGGCUUUUUAGAAGACAUUUCCUUGAGGUAGACAGCACUUUUUUCAAGAAGGUGCAGAGUUUAAAUAUGUAACCUUGGCUUCAAAUACUCUUAGCACAUCCUUAUUUUUUAAAAAUUAAUUUUCAGUUUAGGGGCUCAGUGUACUUUCUUAUACUUCUAGGAAGGAAAAGAUCAUUGCCUGCAUAUUGACCCUUGGAAGCCAGAUUGCUGGAUGCUGCUGCUGCUCAUAGCAGCUAAUACUUACAUAGGACUUACUAUAUGUCCUGUCCACUGUUCGAAACUUUGUGUGUAUACCCUAGCUCAAUCCUCACAAUAGCCCUCAGAAAUAGCUUUAUUAUUGUGCUUCAUUAAGUCUAAAAUAUAUUGAUGAUGCAUUCUUGACCUUGCUAGAAGAUGCUAACAAAAGACUUUCACACAACUGUAUCUCUAGUGACACCUGAUUUAUAAUAGCAAUUGCAAGAUGUCUUGGGUUGUAAGACUGAAAUGUAAGAUGCACCCCAGUUUUAAAGAAGUUAAAAUAAGAAAGCAUGUUAGAAUUGAUAAAAUAGAAUCUCAUUCCUAUUUUACAGACGAGGAGCCCAAGACAAAAGAGAUUAAAUAAAUUUUCCAAAGUUACAUGACUGGACUCAAAUACGGGUGGCUUGGUUGUAGAGUUUCUGCCUUUAACCUCCAUGUUUUUCUCCUGUCUCUCAACAAUACACUGGAAUUGAGCCCAUGCUAAUAUGUGGGUAGACUGGCCAAGACCCAGUUACUUAUGCCCUCGUUGUGGCACUCAUGAUAGAACAGCCCCAGAUCUUUCUGAGGGAGACAGUGUAUAUGCUAUGUACAACCUGCCUCUAGGGCAGUGAUGAGGAUUGUUGUACUAAUGUGUGUAAAGUGCUUGACAUGUGGGCAUCUGACCUAGGCUUCAGACACAUUUUCAGCAAGAGAGUGUUACAGGGAAGUCCUUGUGAACCGGCUUCCCAAACCUCAGUAGGCUGGAAUACAAGUAGGAAAUGGUGAGUGUACAAUGUUGUUUGGGUGCCACCAAUGUCAAAUUCUGGUACUAUGUGUUCUCACUGUUUCCCUUUGUCCUCUGAAAUGCCGACACAAAAAUCAUUUACAUUAUUAGAUUUCUGUAUUUGAGGAGUGGAGUAUUUUCUUCCUGGAAAACAGGCCCUAGGAAUACCACUCAGGACUUGAGUAAUAAAUUAAAAAAAAUUAUUUAUAUGAAAAUCUACCAUCAACUGAGACUUAACAUUAAGUUGUCUUCACCUAGUAGUGAUAAGUAGUGAUGAGAAAACCAGGUAUGGGAUUGCAAGAUGGAGUUGGGAGUAUAGUCUGCUAUGGACUACAGUGAUUUUCUGCUGAAAGAUGGGGUAAUUCCAUUAACUCCAGGCUGUCACUAAUUGGACUGCAAGCUCAGAUAAGAAGGCUGCCACCCUGAACACCAUGCCCAAACCUUGAAAGAUCUGUUAUUUUGAAAACCUGCCUGCCCCCAACUCCCUUUAUUUCUCUGAAAUUUCCUUAUUCUUUGGAAUUCUGGUCUCUGUUAACCCAGACCAGCCUGGUCAGUGUGAUCAAUUUUGGACAAACUCUAGACAGCAUCCAAAUUUGCUGAAGGUUUUCCCCAAUUGAAGUCUUCAUUGCUGGGUCAUGGGUGAAUGUUUUUCUGCCGGGUCUUUGAGGUAAGAUGGGAGAUGAAUUCUCAACCCAGGAAGCCUGUGUCACUCAUCACAUCUUUCCCUGUUACCUGUCGUCACCUCCUAUGCCAGUGCUCCUUUCUCCCAAUCCUUUACUGUCCUCGAACACAUACAUGCUGUUCGAGUGUGGCGAUACAGUAUGUAAUGGUGGAGAUACAUUUUUGGAUACAGAAUACCUACAAAUGAGGUAAUUUAAAAAUAGAAUUUGAAGUUUGUUGGUUUGGCACAAGUUUUAAGCACCACACUGUUGUUUUUGGUGCUUCCGAUUGUCAUUUUACAUUUCUAGUUUUGAACUGUUGGGACAUCUGAAAUUAAUUUGAAACAUUUCAGACUGUUUUGAACCAGUCUAUAUCAGUCUAAACAAGUAAGAACAAUUUUAUAGAUAACUGUAGUUAUCAAACUAGUUUCCAGCAGUUUAAUAGAGUUUGAGCAAGUGUGACUCAAUUGAAAGUAGAUUUAAUUUGUCAGCAGAGUUUGAUCCAGUAAAAUAUACUCAGAACCAACUAAAACUUAUAGGAGCCUGUCAGAACCUGCAUGUCCAAGUCAGAGCCUAUUUGAGCUAGCUAAAACCAGUCUGAAGCAAUUAAAGCUAAUUACAAUGAGACUCCAAUAAUUUUGGUUAGAUAUAUCAGGUUUUAGCCAGAGUCAGAAAGUAGUUUUGUAGGAGAACCUCUUUUAACUCACCCUAAAAUAAUAUGAACAAGAUUCUUUUGAACAACUAUGAACUUGCUGAAAUGGAUGGGUGUAUUUUAUAUGGAUUUGAACCUGUUUUCAAGUUGAUCAGAACUCUUUUGAAAUAAACAUGUCUUUAUUAAAUGAAUUGCAAAUGGUUAGAACCAGCUAAAAAAGAUCAGAAUUAGUUUGAAAGUGAUCUUUGUUAACUCAGCCGACCACUUUGAACCAGUGAGCAAUACUUUGUGCUAGAAAAACAUGUUUUAAGCUGGCCAGAAUCAAUUUGAAAAUUGUUCUAGGUCUUCAGACUCAGUCUGAAUGUCCACAAUGGAGACAAUAAGUGAGCUAACAGUUAAGUACCCAGUAUAUGCCAACCAUUGUGCUGGGCAUUCCAUAAACAGUAUCUCACUGAAUCCUCAGAACAAUGGUGUGAGGUGUAGUACGUAUUCUUUUUUAUAGAACAGAAACCUGGAAAUCUAAGGCUCAGAGACAUCCAAGUAAUUGGUAUCUGGGAGAUUUGGGAUUUCAAACCCAGCUCUGCUUGAUUUUAUGAGUUUCCUAUUAGGUUACCUUGUAAAAUACCAUACUAGUGGUCACUUUAAAGCCCAAUAUUGCAUUUGUAACAAAAAUGAGUAACGGACAUGAAGCUUGGGGUAGAACAGACAUUGGACUUGGAACUAGGAGAUCUAGAUUCCAGAUUGUGCAAAUCAGUCUGCUUCUCUGGGUUCUGUUUUAUCCUUUAGAAAACUGAACCUAGAGAGUGGAAGGUCUGAACAUUUAUUUUCAGAUCAAGAAAGCAGAUAAUUGUCUUAAAGAUACAAUCUGAAAAGUGCGAACUAUGAUUAAUAUUGAUGGUGGUAUCUAUACUUUCAGUUUGCGGUAUUUGGUUUGUUAAUAGUCCCUUUAUGAUUACUUGGUCACUAUUGCUAUUGCGAAUAGAAAACAAAACUCAUGAAGAUCACUUGUAGACUUACAUGUGUGAUUAUCCAUGGAAAUGAAACACAUUAAAGAUAGUUUAAGUCUUUGAAUUCCACUUAAGUGGGUUUAGAGAAUUCUAGAAUAUGAUGCCAUUAGUGACAGCAUUUUUUCAUGUACCUUAAGUGAUAUAAAAAACAUAGUUAUACCAACUUUUUUUUCAAAUUAAAAAUAAAGAGGAAAUAAGGUAGCCACAGUGUCUUCUUGCAUCAUUCUCACUGCAGGAUCGGUAUUGUUUUCUGCUGCUCCAUUCAGUUUGAGGGGAAGCCCCCAAAUGAGUCAACAUUAUCUGGACUUGCUUUUCAAUUCUUAGCUCUUAUUUCCAAUAACUUAGAGCCAGGUGUGAUGCUGUGAUGUGACAUGCCAUAAUGUUGACGUCCAAGUUGUCGGUUUUUGGAGAGGAAUUCUGUUAUAUGUCAUUAAUACUGGUGACCUACACUUGCAAAUACCCAACUAUAAAGAUAGGUAAGGCAUCAUCUGUGAAGUGUCACUCUUUAUGGUGUGCAAAUAGAAUUUUGAAUGUUUGUAGAGGCUCUGCCCUUAUCCAAGGGCUGACCAUACCUGAAACGUGAGGUUGCAGAUCUGCACUGAAGGACUCUGAGGAAACACCCUGCAGUGGCUCUUGGGGCUCAGCAUUCAGGAGUUUUCAGCAUAAGGUGAACCACUGAGUUCUUCAUUAUGUCUGAUGGAGAUUAUGAUUACCUCAUCAAGUUUUUAGCUUUGGGAGACUCUGGCGUAGGGAAGACCAGUGUACUUUACCAAUAUACAGAUGGUAAAUUUAACUCCAAAUUUAUCACAACAGUGGGCAUUGAUUUCAGGGAAAAGAGAGUGGUGUACAGAGCCAAUGGGCCGGAUGGAGCCAUUGGCAGAGGCCAGAGAAUCCACCUGCAGUUGUGGGACACAGCAGGGCAGGAGAGGUUUCGUAGCUUAACAACAGCAUUCUUCAGAGAUGCUAUGGGUUUUCUUCUACUUUUUGAUCUGACAAACGAGCAAAGUUUCCUCAAUGUCAGAAACUGGAUAAGCCAGCUACAGAUGCAUGCAUAUUGUGAAAACCCAGAUAUUGUGCUAUGUGGAAACAAGAGUGAUCUGGAGGACCAGAGAGCAGUGAAGGAAGAGGAAGCCGUAGCACUCGCAGAGAAAUAUGGAAUCCCCUACUUUGAAACUAGUGCUGCCAAUGGGACAAACAUAAGCCAAGCAAUUGAGAUGCUUCUGGACCUGAUAAUGAAGCGAAUGGAGCGGUGUGUGGACAAGUCUUGGAUUCCUGAAGGAGUAGUGCGAUCAAAUGGUCAUGCCUCCAUGGAUCAGUUAAGUGAAGAAAAGGAGAAAGGGGCAUGUGGCUGUUGAGAAGUCAAGUAAGCGACAUAGUAGUUGAGGUGGCCCAUGCCUGGGAUCUUCUCUAUGAUUGAUACAUGGCACAGCGAGAGAUUAAUGGGCAUUGUGUACAAAUUGCUUAUCACUAUCCCCAUUAGACCUACCAAUAAAGCAUCUGGUUUUAAAAUAAAUUUGUUGUAGCUUUGAAAUAUUUCUUUAAGAUUUAGCCUGAGAGUUAGGAGAAAUAUUUCAGAGCCAAAAGUGCCUUAUAAAGCCUUAGCCUAUUAUAGUAAAUCAUUCAAGAGUUUAGAAUUUUGCAGUCACAGAAGAGUGUAUUUAUUAUGUAGAAUGAAUGAGGGUACUGUCACCUGCCUCAAUGUAGGUAGGCCCAGAGUCUUACAUUUAAGAUCUUACAUGCAAUUAUAAAACUGCCACAGUCUUCAAUCCAGAUUUAAAGCCUCAUGUCAUAGGUGACAUUCUAAAAUCCCAUUAAAGCCACUUGAGUGUUAAAUAAGGAUAUACAUGCACAUCAGCUCAAUGUCUUUGAGUAUUAAUUUUAUGUAGGCAUUCUAUUUAACAUGAAUAUAAGACGAAUCAUGGACAUAUCUAUAGACCUUGGAUAAACUGGAUUGACCAAUUGUAUGUUCACGGUGACUUUGUUGUUGGUGGGAAAGGGAUUGGGGUGGGGCAGGGUGGCUUAAUGUAUUAUGAGCAACCAAAGUGGGACUUCUGGCUCCCUGCUAUAUUCCCAUUGCUCUGAAUGGUUGAUUGAAGGGUCAGGGAACUAGAUUUUAUGGCUUUAGUUCACUGUGAUUGUACAUUUAUACUUGGCCCAUGUGCUGGCCACAUCUGAACACAGCUGGUGCUUAUGCCGAAUUAUUUGUGAUGAGUAAAUAUUUAGUUUCUUUUUCUUCAUAUUUAUAAUGUUGAUCUGGCAUCCUCAGGCUGCAGCUUAAUUAGUUUAUAAAUUACUCAUCUCUGUCUUUACCAGCAGGCUCUGUAUUGUUGAUAUUUGCGACUUGUUUUGCUUUUCCAUUGGUGGAAUUGAAGUAAUUAGUUUUUAAUUACAUAAGAUGCCUGUUUGCUAUUUGGUGGAAGAUAGAAGUUCAUAUUGAAGCAGUUAUAUUUGUACUGUAGUUCAAUAAAAGAAAAAUGAAGUAUUCUGUAGCUAUAUUUUUCAUAGAGCUCAUGAGCAUUUACUGUACUUGCUGGAUCUUGCCAAGAUCAUAUAUUCUGCUGUAUUGCCAAAGUGUCUUCAUACCAAAUUUAAGGUGGUUUUAAUAUAUGUUUCAUGGAAGUUGUUUAUAAAAUUCAAAGGUAUUUCAUUUAGGUGAAAAGUCUUAUUUAUUAAAGUGGUUUGAAUAAAGUAGGUCAAAACUUCCAGAGAUCUUAAUGGCUAUUUAGGAAGAAAUAUCACUCACUAUAAUUUAAAUAAAGAAUAAAAAUAAAUUUUGUGGUGGCAAAUGUUUGGUAGAACUGUAAUUAGAAAAAAACAAGUGUAUUUGGGUGAUGGUUACACUAGAAGCCCAGACUUUACGACUACACAAUAUAUUCAUGUAUCUAAACUGUACUUGUACCCCCUAAAUUUAUUUUUAAAAAAGGAAAAAUAUAAGUAUAAUGAAAAA